AUGUUAGGACGGCUGCGACGAUUUUGUAACCCGGCACUCGCGACCCAGACCACGCACCCGGUUCUAGCGGCAACAACCAGCAGAAAAGCACUUCAUACAGCCCCUUCUCUGGAAACUAAAGAAUAUCCACAAGACUCGACUGAUCCUUAUCUCUAUACUACCGGCCGCUGGCUGAAUCGCGACAAGCUACAACGCGAAGCCCGUUACAUCAAGUUCGACUUUCCCGCACUAUGCGCAAAGGCUGUGAAUGCAUGCUCCGGAGCCACAAAAGUCAUUCGGUAUGAGAAGAAGGAGGGAGGUUUCAAUAGAGCCUUCAUUUUAUACCUGGACAAUGGAUUGCGCGUCGUUGCUAGAGUACCCUUCCGUAUUGCAGGUCCGCGAAGAUUGGCCACCAACUCCGAAGUGGCCACUAUGGCUUAUAUAAGGUCCUUUACAAAGAUACCCGUUCCAAGAGUCCUUGACUGGAGCGACGACGAUAGUAAUUCUAUCGGCUCUGAAUACAUCAUCAUGGAACACGUGCCUGGAGUUCAGCUACAUGAGAAAUGGCAUUCCAUGAGUCCUCAUCAACACAUGCUGUGUGUCAAAAGAGUGACCUUUAUGAUGACUGAGAUGGCAAAGCUUCUAUUUCCGGCUUACGGAAGUCUAUAUUUCGCCGAUGCGCCGAUCGAUCCGAAGUCAAAAAUUGAAUUCGUGAAUGGUUUCUGCAUCGGACCUCACUGUGGCACGCAAUACUGGGACUGUAACGCUGGAGAGACUCGGUUCUAUGAAGAGAGGCCUCCCAACAGAGGACCAUGGACUGAACUACAAUCCUAUUGCUCUGGCCUGAUUGAUAACGGCUUCUCACGAAUUCCAAGGGCCAACAAUCUGGUAGAUGAACUACCUUACCGCGGGUCCGUGCAAGAGCAUCUCCGUCUCCUGAGCGUCAGCGAGAAAGUAAUUACAGAAUUGAUCAAAGCCCCGAUGAUCCAAAAAGUGGCCAGUCCAACUUUGCUUCACCCAGACAUCCACAAAAGAAACAUUUACGUCUCGGAGGACGAUCCUUCCUGCGUAACCGCAAUCAUCGAUUGGCAAUCUACCAGUAUCGAACCUACAUUCGUAUAUGCGAAUGAGACACCGGACCUAGUUGAAGAUCCCACGGCUGACAUCCCAAUAUUAGAAAAGUUAAUGUUAUCACCAGGAGAACAUCCUUCAAAUGUGGAUACAUCUGAGGGAUCUGUGGUAGAAGGUCCAGAAGAAGAAUCAGCAAGGAAAAGACACGAGACAGAUGUCUUGACAUGCAAGAAAACCUUCGAAGUUAUAUUAAUAGGCUACGCUCGAAAACUCCAUGAUGCCAGGGCAAUGGAUCAAACUCUGCUCAGGCCUUUCCGCUACUGCGAUGCAUCUUGGAGAGACAGCGCGGCGGCUCUGCGUCAAGAACUGACCGAGCUCUCGCAACGCUGGACCGAGCUAGGGCUUCCUGGGUCUUGUCCGUACCAACCUUCGCUAGAAGAGCUCAACGAGCACGCAAAGCAGUACGAGGAUUUCGAAGGCAUGCAGCAGUUGAAGAUGUUCCUCAAGCGUGCCCUGGACGCGGAUGCAGACGGAUGGGUCCCCGCCGAGAACUGGGAAGUCGCAACGAAAGAGCAUCAAAAUAUUUUCGCGCAGUGGAUGGAGAGUAUCAGGGAUUCUGGGAGUAGUGAAGAUCGUGCCAGAAAACUUUGGCCAUUUGACCAGGUGAAGGGAUAA